AUGCGGCAAGAUCUAGAAGAACGUCCCGAGAAAGUCACUCGCAGCAACUGGAAAUCAUGGAAGAAUGCGAUCGAGAAACACGCCAGAAAAGAAGGAGUCUGGAAGUACUGCAACCCCGAUGCCCCAGGUGAAUACUACGCCGAGAUCCAUGAGCCCGAAAAACCACACAUUUCCACAGCCCGACCCGAAGUAAAAUCCAUCGUUGAACUUGGAGAGGAUGACUUCAUCGAACUAUCCUCGAUCGUGGACCAAUACUGGAAGCAGAUGCGCGGAUACGAAAAUAUUCAAACAAAACUGCAGGUCAUCCUUGAACUUAUAGAAGACCACGUCGAUGAUGAACACUUCGAUCUCAUUAAACAUGCAAAGACGCCGCUGGAGCAGAUGACAGUUCUAUCUGAUAAGUUCAAGAAAUUUCGUCUAGAGGAUCUGCAGCCAAGAUGGGAGCGUAUACAAGAACUAGCUAAUAAGCCGGAUUCACAAGAGCUAUUCAAACUAUGGAAUGCGCUCUUCACAGAUUGCGAUGGCACUGGAUUGAAAAAUCCGAACUUUUUCAGCCGAGGGAUGGGGAUUAUUGCGCUCAGCUUCGUUCACCGGCUAGACGGGAGUCUGUCACUUCCCAGGACUGGGUUAAGACUCCCGGAGAUUCUGAGUCAAGAAACUAUGGAAAUUAUUGCGUUCAACCUCGUUCGCCCACUAGACGGGAGCCGGAGUCUACCACUUCCCUGGGCUGGAUUAAAACCCCUGAGUGUUCUGAAUCGAGGAACUAUGGGGAUUGCUGUGCUCAACCUCGUACGCCGACUAGACGGGAGUCUUAUCACUUCCCUGCAAUGCACCGAAGCCCUCGAUCAUUCUAAGUCGAGCAACUCUGAGGAUGAUUAUACUGAGUUUCGUUCACCAGCUAGACGAGAGCCAGAGUCUACCACCUCUCUAAACUUUAUUGAAACCCGCAACGAUUCUGAAUUGAGGAACUAUAGUGAUAGCUGCGCUCAACUUCGUUCACGGGCUAAACGGGGUCCUAUCGCUUCUCAGUACCGCGUUGGCUACUACGAGCCGGUGGUGUCAACUGAGCACACGUCUCUGAGCCCGAGGUCCAGCUCUAUAACAGGUCAGAGUGAUCAAUGUGAAGAAGUCUCUGGGGACAAUCUAGAGAUAACGGGUCUUCUACAACGAUUGGGACUCCUGGAGACGAAAGAAAGCGAAAAUUGA